UUGGUGGUUACAGGCAUCAUGCCGGAGCUGACUUCGCAGCCAAUGAUGAGCUCAAGAUUUAUGACGAUGUUGGAACUGGUGAUCAAGGACGUGGUCGAUUACGGCGUCGUUUGCUUGCUGAAACAUCGAGUCCUGGCAUGGACUAUUUCACCGAUAUUACCAGCGGCGUCCACGAAGUGGAGAUGAACUGUACGCCUUCAACUAUCGAGGAAUUCCCUGGGGAUCUUUUCACAGAAGAACAACGAGAAAAAGGAGCUUUUAUUUUACAUGCAUUAUGUGCCGUAUACAUGUUUAUUGCACUGGCCAUUGUCUGUGAUGACUUUUUUGUGUCUUCGCUGGAAAAAAUAUGUGAGAGACUCAACUUAACGGAGGACGUUGCCGGGGCAACCUUCAUGGCUGCCGGAAGUUCUGCACCAGAACUCUUCACUUCAGUAAUAGGUGUCUUUAUUGCCAAAGGAGACGUAGGCGUUGGAACUAUCGUAGGAUCGGCUGUUUUCAACAUUCUUAUUAUCAUUGGUAUCUGUGGGCUGUUUGCUGGUCAGGUUAUCCAUUUGUCAUGGUGGCCUCUCUUCAGAGACACAUUGGUGUACUCAUUGUCUGUAGUCACUCUUGUCUUGGUCAUUAGGGAUGGCUGGAUCAGUUGGUAUGAAUCAUUAAUCAUGCUUAUUAUGUAUCUUUGCUACGUAAUCAUUAUGUGGUGCAAUCCUCGCCUGUUUAAACAUGCUCAGAGGUUAAGCGAAAGGAGAAGAAAGAAGAGAGAAACGUGCAAUAAUGGCAAAUCUGCAAUUCAACUCGAGCAAGUUACGCCGCUCAAUGCCACAGAAGAUAUCACGACGAAUGGAGAAAAGAAAGACGUCGAAGAUGUUGAUGAAGAAUACAGUAAUUCACCCAAAAGGUUAACAUUUUCUGAUGCUGGUUUGAGGUUGAUGUUGACCAAACAAUUUCCUGCUCGCACGCGAUUGAGGACGGCGUGUUGGCUCAUCAUCACUGAGCAAAAACAAAUGGAGGCUGAAAGUGGCGGGAAGUUUCCAACAACGUACACCCACCGUCCAAGUCUACCAGAGACAGAGAAGAAUGGAAAUGUACCUCGGAGUGACUCUAUCUGCAAAGAUGAGAGUGUUGAUUUGUCAAUCGAUAAAGAUGGAACAGAAGAUGUAAUCAGUGAAAGAAGCUUUCCAGAAAUAGAUUCUCCUUUCAGUGUACCAGAUGGUAUAAUGAACAUAAUCAAAUGGAUCGUCACACUGCCUAUCUGUAUUCUACUAUUCUUCACCAUACCGGAUUGUAGGAGAAAACGUUUUGAUCGUUGGUAUAUGGCUACAUUCUUCGCCUCUGUCGGUUGGAUCGCAGUCUUUUCCUAUGUGAUGGUUUGGAUGGUGGCUUAUAUUGGACACACACUUCACAUUCCUGACACUAUAAUGGGUAUUACCUUCUUAGCGGCUGGCACUAGCGUUCCCGAUGCCAUCGCCAGCUUACUGGUCGCCAGAGAAGGUUUGGGUGAUAUGGCAGUAUCUAACAGCAUCGGUAGUAAUGUCUUUGAUAUUCUUAUUGGUCUUGCCCUUCCCUGGUUUAUUAAGACAACUUUCGUCAGCUAUGGCAGCAGAAUCAAGAUUAACAGCAAGGGUCUUCUAUAUUCGGUUCUUCUCUUAUUUGCAUCUGUGACUGCAACGAUACUGGCGAUUCAUUUCAACAAAUGGAGGUUAGAUCGACGACUCGGUGUUCUACUGACUUUGUUUUAUGUGGUCUUCCUCUCAUUCUCAAUCAUGGUAGAAAUGAAUGUAUUCGGUUAUGUGAACCCACCGAUAUGCAAAAAUUAGCAGCAUCUUAAACCAUCUUAUAUCUCAUUCAUCGAUGCCGAGAAACUUUGGUUGGCAACCAGUUGCAAUAUAUUAGAAGUUUGUUUCAAAGAUUUCAUUGUGAAGGAAAUCUCAGUGAAAAAAAGAGGACAUGCCAAAAAGGUACUUCAUCAACUCAUCAUAAUGAAAGGAAGUACACUUUAAUCUGAUAAUGAUGACUUAUGGAUAGUUCAUUUCGGAAUGCUGAGGAUGUUUUUUCGCUACUUGUUGAAUGGAGUCAAGCAGGGUAGUCCGGACAAAACCCCAAAACGGUGGAAUAAUCCAAGAUUUAUGAACAUCACAACCAGCAUUAUUCGCCAACGAUGCUACAAGUGUGCUCACCUAUAUGUGACGUCAAUGCUUAAACUCAAAAGAAUAAUUAAAUUUAUGUGUACUGGUGCAUAGAAAAAUAUAUGACUUAGUACCGUAAUAAUAUUCGUUUGCUAAAGGGAUGCAAUUUUUAUAAGUCUUCAUAUUCGGUUAUACAGCGUUAAAUUCUUUAUAAACUCCAAGGUACAAUGAGCAACAUUUUUUUUUCAAUU